GGAGCCUCCGCAACCUGCCGCCGCCCCGGCAGCCCGGCAGAGGCGGCGCAUCCAUCCCCCAGCCGGGGCCGGGGCACCAUGAGCGGCCGCGUCGGGGACCUCAGCCCGCGGCAGGCGGAGACGCUGGCCCAGUUUCGGGAGAACCUGCAGGACGUGCUGCCCUCCCUGCCCUCCCAGGACGACUAUUUCCUCCUGAAAUGGCUCCGAGCCCGCUGCUUCGACCUGCCCAAGUCGGAGGCGAUGCUCCGCAAGCACCUCGAGGUCCGCAAGCACAUGGACGCCGACAACAUCAUCGCCUGGGAGGCCCCCGAGGUGAUCAGAAAGUACAUGUCGGGGGGAAUGUGCGGCUACGACCGGGAGGGCAGCCCCAUCUGGUACGACAUCAUCGGGCCGCUGGACGCCAAGGGGCUGCUCUUCUCCGCCUCCAAGCAGGACCUGCUCAAGAACAAGUUCCGCGACUGCGAGGUGCUGCGGCGAGAGUGCGAGCAGCAGAGCAAGAAGCUGGGAAAGAAGAUCGAGAUGGUGCUGAUGGUCUACGACUGCGAGGGCCUGGGCUUGAAGCACCUCUGGAAGCCGGCUGUGGACACGUACGGGGAGCUCCUGUCCAUGUUUGAGGAGAAUUACCCCGAGUCCCUCAAGCGCCUGUUUAUCGUGAAGGCCCCCAAGAUCUUCCCCGUUGCCUACAACCUCGUCAAGCACUUCCUGAGCGAGGACACCCGCAAGAAAGUCGUGGUCCUGGGAUCCAACUGGAAGGAGGUCCUGCAGAAGUACAUCGACCCCGAGCAGAUCCCGGUGGAGUACGGCGGCACCCUGACGGACCCCGACGGGGACCCCAAGUGCUCGAGCAAGAUCAACUACGGGGGGGACGUACCCCAGCACUACUACGUGCGGGACCAGCUGGCGCAGCAGUACGAGCACACGGUGGUGGUCAACCGCGGCUCGUCCCACCAGGUCGAGUACGAGAUCCUCUUCCCCGGCUGCGUCCUCAGGUGGCAGUUCAGGUCGGAGGGAGCCGACGUGGGUUUCGGGGUGUACCUGAAGACCAAGAUCGGGGAGCGGCAGCGGGCGGGCGAGAUGACGGAGGUCUACCCCAACCAACGCUACAACUCCCACAUGGUGCCCGAGGACGGCUCCCUCACCUGCUCCACGCCCGGCAUCUACGUCCUCCGCUUCGACAACACCUACAGCUACCUCCACGCCAAGAAGGUGAGCUACAGCGUGGAGGUCCUGCUGCCCGACGCCGCCUCCGCCCAGCACAUCCAGAACCUGGGGGACAAGCUCAGCGAGGUGGCCCUCAACCACAGCCCCUAGCGACGGCCCCCCCCCCACGGCCCUGGGUCGCGUGUGUGUGUGUGUCCCCCCCCGACACCGCAGGGGACCCCGAUGUCCCACGGCCGGGCAGGGCGGCUGCUCCGUGCCCCCAGGAUGGCCGGCUGCCCCCCGCCCCAGCAUGAUGGCUGGGAGGAUGGAGAAAUUGGGGGGGGGGGGGGGGCUGAGCCCCCCGAGCUGACGGUCCAAGGUGGGGGGGGGGCUGAGCAGGGCCGGAGCAGCCGGGGGGUGUGUGUGUGCGUGUGUCCCCCCCACCUCUCUGUGCCUUACGUGGGUCCUGUGCCCACCCGCUGCUGCGUGGGGUGGGGGGAGUAAAGGGAUGGACUGAGA